GUCAGGGACCAUACUAGACCCCGCAAACUGUGUUGGAGAAAGGCACGAUGCUGUUAUCGUCUUAUGUAAUUACAACAGGUGCCGGUUGGCAAACAGCAUGCUUUGUUUUGCCACGGCGAAUGGCAGAAUUCUGCCAUUAUGCCACCAGUUGGCAGGGCAGGGACACAAUGUGGCAGAACUCCUGCAUUCUGCCAGCAGAAAUAGUUCUGCCCUAGGUACCGGCGGUGCACCGGUGAACUUGGACUUUUUGUUCAUGUGAUGACGUUUACCGAGCGGUGGUCGAGGUCUUUCCACUUCGGAUGCAAUGGACGCGUUCUGGGAUUAGUGUUUUCUACCUCGAUCUACUCGGACCUACACCACGAUCAGCUCUAUUUUCGACUGCUAACAGAGUGCUAUGCCCUCUUAUCGAGCGUUGUCACCCUCAUGAUGGUGUCCUUGCUCCGUCAUACAUCACGCGUUCCAAGUCACCGGUCAUCACGUACCUCAAACGGAACGCUCGUUUAAGCGCUCACUUUGUGUCAUUAACACUUGCUAUGUUAGACCUUCUCACGAGUCACAGUGCGCUUGGACUAGUUUCUGCCGCCUUUGCCAUCAGCUUGGUACUCAGAAGUUACUUUGCCAAACCGAAGCUGCCUCACACUUUACUCCCAUUCCUAGGUAGUGCACUGGCAGUUGAUGUGACCGCCCCUUGGCUAACCUACAAGGCAUGGGGCAAUCAAUACGGUGACGUGGUAUAUACUCGGCUUUUUGGUCAGGACAAUAUCAUUAUCAACUCUGAGCGGGUUGCAAGAGACCUCCUUGAGCAUCGCUCACAUAAUUACUCCGACCGACCAGAAAUCGCAACCAAUGAAUUAUUUGGCGUCGACUAUACUACCGCCUUUAUGCGAUAUGGUAGUAGAUGGCGCCUUCAGCGGAAAAUUUUACAUCAGUCCUUCCGACAAGACGCAGUCCCCACUUUUCAGCCCAUGCAAGUAGCCAAAAGCCAUGACCUUUUAUUAAACCUCCUCGAGGAUCCUUUGAACUACCCGGAACAUCUUGAAGCCCAUUCAGGUUCAGUCAUCAUGUCCGCCGUGUAUUCGUAUAAUGCAGCACGACGUCAUGAUCACAUGAUUGAGCGCGCAACCAUGGCUCUGGAUCUCAUGUUGAAAGAGUUGAGACCAGAGGUAGCUGCCGUUUUUAGUGCUUAUCCUUUCCUUCUCCGCCUCCCCUCUUGGCUGCCUGGCAUGCGUCUCAAGAGAAUUUCACCUUUAGCCAAGGAAUUGGCCGUGGAAAACUUGGAAAGGCCAUUUGCGCACACAGAGCGUGGUCUGGCUAUGGGAUCCGUUUCUCCUUGCAUGGUCGCUAAACAUUUGGCGGAACUUGAUGACGGCCACGUCGAUUCUGCCUGGCAGAAGAAAGCAAUACAGGAAUCCGCAGCAACCGCUUUUGGAGCUGCUGUGUUGAUGAAUUUCAUGCUGGUCAUGAUUCUCCACCCAGAUGUACAACAGAAAGCGCAAAAACUUGUUGAUAGUGUGGUUGGCCCAAAGAGACUACCCACAUUCCACGAUCGUCCAUCCUUGCCCUACAUUGACGCCAUUUUACGGGAGUGCUUGCGGUGGCACCCAGUUUUCCCUCUUGCAAUCAUGCAUGCUGCUGUCGAAAGCGACAUUUACGAAGGUUAUUACAUACCCAAAGGUGCUACAGUCACCCCGAAUGUUUGGGCAAUGUGCCACAACGAAGAUAAAUAUGCAAAUGCGUCCGAAUUCAAUCCUGACCGUUUCCUGAACCCAGAUGGCACUCUGACAGACGAUACUGUGGGUUUCGUGUGGGGAUUUGGGCGACGGAUAUGCCCUGGUCGUCAUCUCGCCGAAGCUUCUAUAUGGUCUGGCAUGGUCUGUUUGCUUGCAGUUUUCAAUUUUUCCAGGGCCAAAGACGAGACUGGUAAAGCGAUUGAGAUUGAGCCACGCUGGAAUCCAGGGCUUACUGUGCGCCCUUUGCCAUUCCCUUGCAGUAUCACUCCGAGGAAUGCGGAUAUGGAUAUCACGGCCUUGCAGCAUUUGAUCAGGGUAUCUGUUUAGUCUGUAUCGAUGAAUAAUGUUGUAUUAUUGGUGUAGUAGCGAGUCCUCAAUUGGUGCUGAAUUUAUUUUUUUCCUCGACACCCACUCAAGUGGGAGGCUCUGUCCCAUUAA